GCUGUCAUCAUCAUCAUCUCUCGACUCGCGGUCAAAUGGAACGGUGACAAAGAUGCUGAAGAUUCUCCUUGUCCUUUGUACGCUAGGCUGUGCUCUUGUUACUUGGGAUGGAGUCAAUGCAGACGGUGAAUUGCUCAAAAUGAUACCCUCUGCAGAUGGCGUGUCGUUCAUCCGGCUCGUCAAUGGGGACAGUGAGUGUUCGGGGCGUGUGGAGGUAUUCCAGAGGAACCAGUGGGGGACGGUGUGUGACCACGGCUGGGACCUGAGGGAGGCUGACGUGGUGUGCCUGGAGCUGGGCUGUGGGCUGGCUGAGAACGCCCUCCGUGGAGCUGCGUUUGGCAGGGGCUCCAGAGAGAUCUGGCUGAGGCACGUCCAGUGCUCUGGCCACGAGGCGAGCCUGACGCAAUGUCCCAGGGUCCUCCACAGUUACCUCACCUGCACCCAUAAUAAUGACGCUGGGGUGAAAUGCUCAGGUACACUGUUGAUGCCCACCCUGUCCCUGCUCUCCCCUCACACUGUCUUCUCUGCCGGGGAGGCGGUUCGCUUCAGCUGUACUGUGCUACUGGGCCACCACCUGAAGGACUUCCACCUGUAUAAGAGGGGCAUAGACACCCCGUUGGUGACUCAGAGGGUGGACUCUGCCCAGACCAGGGUGGAGCUGACUCUGUCAGACCAAGAGGCUACACACCAGGGCAGCUACAGCUGUCUGUACAGGAUCAAGGGCAGCUCUCCCUCCUCCCUGCUCAGCUCUCCACCUAGCAACUCUAUCAACAUCACUGUGGUGGAGCUGCACACUCCUAUGCACUGGUACAACACGUCCAUCGAGGCUCCCACAGGCUCUGUCAUCAAAGGCCACAGCUUCAACAUCACCUGCUCCACCGAGCAGCAGUACCCUGGAGGUUCUUUCCAGCUGCGUCUGAUCCGUUCCAACGGCACGGUACGACAGUCGCUGCCUGCCCUCUCGCCCUUCGUCACCUUCGCCUUUUUAAACGCACAGCGUUCCAACGAGGGCUACUAUUACUGCCUCUACAAGGUCCAGCUGGGCGGGAGAACCUUCAUGUCCCGGGAGAGCCAACCGCUCCCUAUCUCCAUCAGAGACCUGGAAGAUAUAAACCAUGUAUCACUUCUCAUAUUGUCUGUCCAUCUGGGUCGUGUGGCCCUCAUCAGACCCAGACCCAGUGUUGAGCCCUAUGGUGAUCAGCUGGCUGGCAUCUGCUCUGACCUUCCUCGUGGCUCUCCUCAUCAUCAUCAUCAUCAUCGUUGCCAGAGUGCUCUGCAAGAGGGAGAAGAAACCCUCAGAGCUAGAGAGAGAGACCAGAACCUGUGUGGACAACACUUACGUUGCCUUAGCAAUAAAAUUGUGAGUUGGGAAGUAUAUUUGGAGAAGGACCAUGUGUUUUUGUGAGAACCGUAAAGGUGGAACCAUGGAGAGACAUUCCUGGGCUGACAAACCUUCCUGAAGGAUGGCUCUGAAGCACAGGUGGAGAACACGCAAGACCAAGUUACCAAAACACUACGAAGGAGACAUCGUGGACAUUGCCUCAGUCUCUCACCAUCUACUAGUAGUACCUGUCUCUCACCAUCUACUAGUAGUACCUGUCUCUCACCAUCUACUAGUAGUACCUGUCUCUCACCAUCUACUAGUAGUACCAGUCUCUCACCAUCUACUAGUAGUACCUGUCUCUCACCAUCUACUAGUAGUACCUGUCUCUCACCAUCUACUAGUAGUACCUGUCUCUCACCAUC